UGUAUUUUUGAGUGAAGAUGAAGAGGACUCUGAGUUCGGCUAUUUGCACUCUGGUUUCUGUUCCAUCUCAUGUCAUGCUUCCAAAGCAUGAGGAAGCUCCAUCAACCCUGCAACGCCCUCUUUCAGCAAUGGGUGAGGCCUGUUCAAGAAUGGACCUCACAACCAUCUAUCAAAUCUUAGUUAUUACACAUUAUAAGGAUGAUGAAGAAACUAUUAAGGAAUCACAGAUAAGGAAUGCAAGUUCUUAUUUACUGAAGAAACAUAGGGUGUAAAAAAAAAGUGGCAUUUUGGAUGUGCUUUGCGAGUGUUCGAGCCAAAAAUACUGGUACUUGAGAUAUACACAGGUAGUAUACAUGAGUAUGCAUUUAGUAACGACACAUCUAUACUCAUGCAUUCAUUGUUCAGCACUGGUAAUGAACAGGAUUCGUCUUCAGUGUGUUCUGGAAACUCGGAAGGCAAUGCUCCACAAAGAGCAAGCAAUGGCUUGUGCCCGUGCUUUAGUUGCUGCAUUUGAUCUGAAUUAUAUCGACCAUCUCAUCUCUUUUGUUGAUGCUUUUGGAACAUGUCAAUCUUCAACUUAUUCCAGUUUUUCCUUCUUCUUUUCUUUGUAGGGAGUUGGUGUUUAAAAUCUUGGUAAAAGAAUAUAAUGUGUCUUUUUUCAUUCAGGGAAGCAUGCAUCAAUUUCACUAAUCUAUGCAAGAGAAAAAAAUGAAGAUAGGCUUUGGGUAGAUGAAAUUGCUACAAUGCAGACUAGCUCUCAUCCAUAAUUGCCAUAUUUGGGAACAUCUGGGAUCACACUUGCCGAUCAUGAAUAUGCUGAUGAGUGAUGAUAGUCAGAAUCUUAUGAUUAAUGUUCACCCAAAUAGUCUCUCUGGUGGGAAACAAAAUGGCUCUGUAGAUGCAUCAGUGUCUGAUUCAAGUGGAAGUCAUGGAAGUUUGGACAUUAUUCAAGGUAUUGUCCUAUUUGUCAUUACAUCUUAAAACAUGUUUUGACUUGUGACACAAUCAUUAGAAGCGUCUUGACAAAUGAGAAGUUUAUAUGUAAAUGGAACAUGGGGGGUUGAUUAUGGCAAUCCACAC